AUGCAUUUGUUCAAUGAAGUUCCAUUUAAAUGGAUUGGUCAUGACAUUGUCGUCCUGACAUGUACCUAUCAUGAGAAGUUCACUUUGUGGUCCUGUGAGGGAAUUAGCAGCGGCUCUCUCAUGAUGAUUUCGUCACUUAUUACAACGUUUACAAUAGCAAGACUGCAUUGGCUCUCUAUUUCAAUUAAUAUCGAUCUAGCAAGGCGUUCAGCAAUUUUGAAACAAGAGACAGAGCCUAUUGGGAAGCAAGCUCCUUCGCCACGCGGUCUUGAAAGGCAACAGAUAUCUGGGCACAACAAAAAAAAAGGGUUGUGUGUACUCAAUGUCAGAAAGAACUGCGAACACACAAAGGCAUUUCCAGGAAAAAGUUCCGCGUCGUUAGUUCCGAUCAACUGUCCUUUGCUUUCGAUAGCAACCGUAAAACAGCAGACCUGGAAGAGUUACGAAGCAUAG